GACGUACGUCACGAUAUGUCGGAGCACCACCGCGUGGCCGGUGGCUGGGGCACCGCGAGCCCGGGUAACCGAGAGGAUGCUUCCGGCGGUGCCGCCUGGUGGCCCUCCGGCCUGAACACCGAUCAACAGCAGCAACAACAGCAACAGCAACAACAGACUCUGCACCAGCAUCUGAUGAACCAUCAACAGCAACAACAGCAGCAGCAGCAGCAGCAGCAGCAACAACAGCUCGCACAACAGCAGCAGUCGCAGCACCACCAGGACAACGUCCGAAGUACUGCCGCCGCGGCGAACCAACAGCUCUUCUCCUACAAAAUGGCCUCCAGCUUCCAGAACCCGGCCACCACCGGCGCGGCAUCGAGUCCAGUGUCGACAUCCACGCCGGUCGGCGGCGGCGCCGCGUGCAUGAGGGGUGGAUACGAUUACAGGCUCGGUGCGGCGCCGGGUCCUGGACAAGGCGCCGGCGGCGGCGGCGGCGGCGGUGGCGGCGGCGGCGGCGGCGGCGGAGGCGGUGCGGGUGCCGGUGGCGGCGGCGCCGCCGGCGUACCCGGCACACCUUCCGCACCGCCGCCCGGCGUACAGUGGUGGUAUCCAGGCGGAGUCAUGGACGCCGCCGCGCAGAACAACCUGCACCAGCAGUUGCAGGGCCAGCAGCAACAACAGCAGCAGCAGCAGCAACACCUCUCGCCCAUUACCACGCAAACGUCCACGCCCCCCGUUAUGUCCCCGAUCUCACAUCCGCACGUAGGUCAACUAGAUUUCCGAUUAUUUCUGCAGCACCCGAUACAGCAGAUACCGCAAAAUAAUCUUCAACAAAAUAACGCUCAGAGUCUGCAGCGGGACAAUAUGCCGAGAGGAGGAAAAGAUUCGAAGCCAAGAGGACGGAUGACAGCGUACGCGUUCUUCGUCCAGACAUGUCGUCAGGAGCAUAAAAAGAAGCAUCCCGAGGAGAAGAUCGUCUUUCGGGAAUUCUCCAAAAAGUGUGCAAUGAGGUGGAAGACUAUGUCGGACAUUGAGAAGAAGCGUUUCCAUGAAAUGGCAGAGAAAGAUAAGAAGAGAUACGACACGGAGAUGCAGAAUUAUACGCCGCCUAAGGGAGAAAAUAAGGGUAGGGGCAAGAAGCGCAAACACAUCAAGGAUCACAAUGCUCCCAAGAGAUCGCUGUCCGCUUUCUUCUGGUUCUGUAAUGAUGAACGCGGUAAGGUCAAAAUGCUGAAUCCUGAAUAUGGCGUAGGUGAUAUAGCUAAGGAAUUAGGCAAGAAAUGGUCGGACGCAGAUCCCGAAACCAAAUCCAAAUACGAGGCUAUGGCAGAGAAGGACAAGGCUCGAUAUGAAAGGGAAAUGACCGCGUACAAAAAGAAAAUGCAAAACGACGGUGCUCCGAUGGUGGGAGGAGUGCAGGCGAACCAAACUGUAAUAAAAAGCGACAGCGAAGAGGAGUGGAAGGAAGGAGACGACGAAUAGCGGAUGCACGUCGAAAUUUCUUCAUCUAUCACCCCGUGUCCUUCAUCCUGAAAGCAUACCUCACCUACUGUACGUACCAUUGACCUUAGCGUGAGCGUACUUACACCACCAUUACUAGGAGAACAAAGCAACUAACCACCAAGCAACCUACCAAUCAACCAAGCUCUUCAACAAAUCCCCACCAAUCUCUCCUAAUUCUUUCCCCGAUUAUUUACGAUAAUGAUAAAGUAAUCCGCGCUAAUUAUGGUAAUUAUUUUAAAAGGAAAAACUGGUAUGCGUGAGUGGUGCGCGAGCAUGAGCGAGCGAGGAUCAUUGUGUGAGUGAACAUUUGUACUUUAACAUAUUGAUAGUAACGAUCAUGUAAAGCGGCUAGUAGGAUAGCGGAAGAUAAUGAAAGAAAAAAAGAAAUCAGAAUCAUGAGUAAAAAAGCAAAAGCGGAAGAGAUAAGGCGGCGGCGCCAAAGUGCCCGAUACUUUCUCUAUCCGGAUGGAAGGCGCAGGGGCUCAAUCAUUGUUGACUUUUUGCCCGUCGACGCUAUAUUACGAGCUAUGUAGCUUAGUUUACUAAUGACGAAACGCCGCGAUAAUGACGGCCCCGUUAGCGCGGGGAUCGGAGAUGUUAAUUCCUUUUAUCGUGUCCUUUCGGAUUUUUUUUAUCCGAAACAUGCGGAGAUCGUCCUCUUUAUCUUUUUUUUCACGCAGCCAUCAGCACGGGAGAGAGAGAGAGAGAGAGAGAGAAAGAAAGAGAGAGACCGCUCUCUCGGAUCCUCGUUCUCGUGAGGGGCAAGUCAUAUCGCGUCGUUGCAAAAUUAUAUAAUAUUACUUUUGGGGAUCUAUCUUUUUUUUUAAACUGAGUUCAAUUCCAGUUCAGUUCAGUUCUGUUCACUUGUUGCCAGCAUCGUUAUGGCAUGGAUCACAUAUAUAUACACUUAUACACAGACACGUAAAGACAAUUGUUGUAUAUCCUUGUACAGAGAGCUUCAUUUUUUUCUUUCGUAUACUUUUAGCAAAUCGAUCAUGUUGAGCGCGCGUGAUGGGGCAUGGGGCCGCUUUACGCAUAUUUGCGAAUAUAUAAUUGAUUUUAUCGAAGUACACACAUGUCUCUUGUAGUAGCUGUAAGUACGUUUAGAAUUAAGUAUACGUGUAUCUUAACGCAGACUUGAAUUCUCCGGCGACUCUCUCUACGUCUUUUUUAGCGUAACAAUGUAACUUUAUUUCGACAUUUACACGGCGGUGUUACAAGCCACGAGCCACCACGUGAUUGAGCCUUAAUUACGUAGCCGAUAAACGAUCGCUCCAAUGCGACGAAUCGAAUUGGGAGAAACUGGUGUGCGAGAGAGAAAGAGAGAGUGCGUGUGUAUGUAGCUCGAAGCUUCUCUAUUAGAUCGUUGCAUAUGAGAUGUCAUCUUUUUUAAAAAAGUGAACCUCUUAAUUAAUCAGAUCAUGUAUGUAUUUACAAUUCUUUUACACGAGCAUGUUACAGUACGAUCAUGAUUUACCGUUUUUUCUAAGUUGUAUUGAAUACACAAAAAAAAAUUGAAAAAUUUAGCAUAUUUUCUAUUUUAAAGAUAUUUCAAUUGAACAUUAAUAAUAUGAACAUUGUUAAUGUGCUAAUAUUACCAUUACUAUUAAUUCUAUCAUUAUUUUUAUCACUAUAAUUAUAUGAUUUCUGAACAAUGAUUUUUUGAUAAAUUAAGAAUUAAUUAUAAGGAUAAUUUAGAAAUGGUUUAUUGUAUAGAUGAAACACAAAAUGAAUCAUGUGAAGAAAAAUUAAUAACUGUAUACAAAAUUUAACGUCCGGAAUAUAAAGCUGGAAAUAUA